AUGAUAUACGACCAACUAUCACAGCGCGACCCGCUUCCGGCACUCAACCUCGACCAAGAAGUGUACUAUCCGCCUCUAACGGGCGACAUUGAUAAACUCGCUGCCAGUUUUCAUGUAAAAGCUUCACUGCACAUGCUCAAUGACGAUAUAAAAAGCACACACUACUACGCUGAAAUGAACCAAGGCGAUUCGUUGCUCGAUUAUUUGCAUGCCAUUGUGCAUAGGAGAGAAGGUGAUUUCUGGAAUUCCAAAUGGUGGUUUGCGAGAGUGAAGCAUCCACUGCUACAGCAAGUAUAUAACGCUAAACUUCAGCCAGCCAAGGUGGUCGACAAGGUGGAGGAGAUAGAGUUGUCGAAUAGCCCAGAAGCAAAGAAGGUCUUAGAGGAGCUGCAGUACAAAGAACUAUGCUUGAUUGCCGAAUACGCUAUUAAUGAGAGUAUGAAGAGUGAGGUUGAAAGUUGA